AUGGAGGUGGCGGGCACCGGGGUGCUGCUGCUGGUGGUGCUCCUGCUGCUAGUGCUCCUCCUGCUGCAGGCGCUGUCGGGGACCCGCACCCCCGGACGCGGACACCUGCCUCCCGGGCCCGCGCCGCUGCCGCUCCUGGGGAAUCUCCUGCAGCUGCGGCCCGGCGCUCUCUACUCGGGUCUCUUGCGGCUGAGCCGGAAGUAUGGCCCUGUAUUUACAGUGUAUCUGGGACCUAGGCGACGUGUGGUGGUCCUGGUGGGCCACCAGGCCGUUCAGGAGGCCCUGGGCGGGCAGGCUGAGGAGUUCAGCGGGAGGGGGAAGCUGGCGACACUGGAUGGGACCUUCCAGGGCCAUGGGGUCUUUUUCUCCAAUGGGGAGCCCUGGAAACAGCUGCGGAAGGUCACCACACUCGCUCUGCGUGAGCUGGGCAUGGGGAAGCAUGAAGGCGAGGAGCUGAUCCGGGCCGAGGUGGCCCUUCUGCUGGAUGAGCUUCGCGCCACACAAGGACAGCCCUUUGAUCCCUCACUGCUGCUGGCCCAGGCCACCUCCAACAUGAUGUGCUCCCUCGUCUUCGGCCGCCGCUUCCCCUACGAGGAUAAGGAGUUCCAGGGUGUGGUCCAGGCCGCAGGGGGAGUCCUGAUGGAGAUUUCCUCCCCAUGGGGACAGGCCUAUGAGAUGUUCUCCGGCCUCCUCCACUGGUUCCCUGGCUGCCUCUCUCAGCUGCUCAACCAUGUAGGCACCGUGGCGGGCUUUGCCAUCCAGGAAGUAAAGCAGCACCAGAAGAACCCUGAAACCUCAGGGCCCCCCCGGGACGUGAUAGAGGCCUUCCUGCUGAAGAUGGCCCAGGGGGAGCAAGGCUCUGAGACGGGAUUCUCUGACAAGGACAUGCUGAUGACUGUCAUCUACCUCCUGUUUGCCGGGACAGUGACUGUCAGCGCCACGGCUCGCUUCACCCUCCUGCUACUGCUGAAGUAUCCGCGGGUGUACGACCGAGUACAGGAGGAGUUGGCCCGGGAACUAGGGGCCGGCCAGCUACCCACCCUGGCGGAUCGAGGACGCCUUCCCUACACAGAUGCCGUUCUACACGAGGCACAGCGGCUGCUGGCUCUGGUACCCAUGGGGAUACCCCGCGCCCUCACCAAGACCACCUGCUUCCGUGGGUACACCCUGCCCCAGGGCACCGAAGUCUUUCCCCUGCUGGGCUCUGUCCUGCAUGACCCCAACGCCUUUGAGCAGCCUGAGAAGUUCCAUCCAGACCGCUUCCUGGAUGCCGAUGGAAGGUUCCAGAAGCAGCAGGCCUUCCUGCCCUUCUCUCUUGGAAAGCGAGUCUGCCUCGGGGAGGGCCUGGCCCGGGCCCAGCUCUUCCUCCUGGUCACUGCUAUACUGCAGACCUUCUCCUUGGAUGGCCCAUGCCCACCCUGCGCACUUCACCUCCAGCCGGCUCUCAGCGGCCUCUUCAACAUCCCCCCGACUUUCCAGCUGCAAGUGCAUCCCCGCUGA